AUGGAAGAUUAUGACUUUAGUCUGCAAUAUCAUCCUGGAAAAGCUAAUGUGGUGGCUGAUGCCCUUAGCAAGAAGACGACGGGGACUCUGGCGUCGUUAGCUUUGGAAGAUUGGAAAAGGACUGAAGUGGUGAGUGAGUAUAAUCUUCAGUUCUACGAAGAUUAUAACCAGGCGAUGGUGUAUAAUCUGGGUUCUACACCGGAUAUUGUGCAACAGGUUGAUGAAGUCCGCGCACUUCAUACCAUUUCGUACGAUGUAUUCUCAGAAGAUUCUGUCAGAAUUAUACCUGGAGCACAUCGUGAGGCUACACGGAGUGCCAUUGUUUAUCACCCAUCAGGCCAGUAUCGGUAUGGCACUGUUGAGGCUCUCUAUGGUCGUCCUUGUAGGUCACCUAUUUGUUGGUUAGAACCAGAAGAUCGACUGAGUACUAGGCCAGAGGUUAUUCAAGAAAACAAUGAGAAGAUAGCUGUGAUUCAGGAACGACUAUUGACAGCUCAAGGUCGUCAGAAAAGCUAUGCUAAUAGAAGGCGUACUACCGAUCGUGCAAUGAGUCGGAGUGGUGGCUUAUCGUAUGACACGACGUACGAGGAGGCACCUGUACAGAUUCUUGACCGGAAGAUAAAGAAUCUGCGCUAUCGUGAGAUCCUGUUAGUGAAAGUGUUGUGGCAGCACCAUGGAGUUGAGGAAGCGACAUGGGAGCUUGAAACUGCGAUGCAGGAGCAGUAUCCACAUCUGUUUGUGCUUUGA